UGUUCUAAAACUGUGGCAUGUGGAGGGGAAUGGACUGCAGUAGGAGAGAAGUGUUUCUACUUUUCUGAUGAUAUCAGAAACUGGACAGCCAGUGACAGAGACUACAGAUCACAGGGGUCAAAACCGGCUUAGAUUGAUACACAAAGGGAUAUGGAAUUUUUGAAGAAAUAUACAGGAACUUCCAUGCACUGCAUUGGGUUGAGCAGGAAAGUGGGAGAGUCUUGGAAAUGGACAAAUGGUACCACAUUCAAUGCUGUGUUUGAAAUAAAAGGGGAUGGAUUCUUUUUAUUCCUGAAUGCUGAUAGAGUCCAUAGUUCCAGGGGAUUAAUUGAUAUCAAGUGGAUUUGCAGCAUACCUAAGUAUUUGUAG